AUGGAUGCAUGGGAUCUCCACGGGGCGAGUACCGUAAAAACGGACGAAGAAUGGUCGACUUCCUACAGAGACUAUACAUACUUCUGUGACAGCCAGUCAUCACUUGUCGAGGGCACAGAACUUUGUACCUUCCUGUCGCGAGUAUUUGUGAAGCUUCCAAAGUUGGACUCAAUCGUCAUUCCAUCCUCUGUACAUUUUAUGGACGCUAACGAUAACUUCGUUCUACACACCUCUUUGGUGCAAAAGGCCAUGCAGAGGACAUUGCUCGGCCCAAGAACUCCAACUUUCGGCUACCGUAUGACUGACAUUUGGUCCGUUCUUGCCGCUGUGGCAAAGGCCAGGGUCAAGCUUAAGCAUGCUUGGUUCGAUUACAUACCAGAUUAUUUUUUCAACUCGUUACAACGUCUCAUGGCCCAGUGUCAGCAACUGCGGCACCUCCGCCUUGAAUCCGAGGAACUGUUAGGGUUGUCCGUGGCCGUGAUAGGACUAUCUCUUCCAUGGGAACACCUACAGUCAUUAACUUUAGUUCACAUCGUGCUCCUCGAAAACGAGCUCGCAGAUUUCCUCAUUGCCCAUCAGCCCACACUAUGCUGGUUCAAAGCAAGAGCCUGUCCGUUGAAAGCUGGGGGUUGGGAGUCCCUGUCCAAGCGACUGCAGCCGUAUCUCCCCGAAAGCAUUGAAGGUUCGAACAAGAGUGCUUCAUUCGCAUCAAAGGACUGGCCGCUUCGUCUCACGCCGAUCUGGCCAUCUAGAAAACUUGACGAUUGGGACCUCGACUUCGCCUUCGACGACAUGACGGAAUCGAAAGAUGGGGAAGCAUAG